CACGCCACUGUUCAACACAGUAUUUGGAUUAUAGGAGUAGCCCACAAAGUGAAAAUGGAAAGAGCGAAAACUGAACGGGGUUGUGUCCUGUAAUUGCCUAUUCACUUUGUCAGAGGAAAAAACAUUGCGGGGAAUGACAAUCGAUUCUUAUUAGAACGCUCCAACAACACCUAUGCAGUAGCGAGCAGCAGAGUAAUCGUAACAUUUUCAGCAAUACAAUGGCAGCGACGUAGAUCAACUUUUGGACUUGCUUUCUAAAAGGAUCCUAGGGGGGGCCUUGCAACUUCUUGAAACUUGUUGGUUACGGUGGAACAAGGACGCAAACAUGAAGAAACAGUUUAAUCGCAUGAAACAGCUCGCCAACCAAACAGUUGGAAGAGCUGAGAAGACUGAGGUACUGAGUGAUGACCUUCUACAGAUUGAGAGGCGCAUGGAGCUGGUCCGUCUGGUGUCCCACAACGCACACAAGAGACUUGUCACCUGUCUACAGGGUCACAUCGGAACAGACGCAGAAAAGAGACAUAAAAAGCUCCCUCUGACAGCGCUGUCCCAGGCCAUGCAGGAUGGAGGAAGCCAGCUGGGGGAGGAGUCACUGAUUGGUAAGAUGAUGGAUGUGUGUGGGGAGGCAGAGAGCAGACUAGCGUCUGAGCUGAUGCAACACGAGGUCCAGCUAGAGAGAGAGAUACUGGAACCUCUCAACCAGCUAGCAGAGGUGGACAUUCCCAACAUCCUGAAACAGAGGAAACAGCUGGCUAAGCUAGUCCUAGACUAUGACUCAGCCAGAGCCAGGUGGUUGCAGGCAAGCAAGUCUAUUCACUUUUCUACCAACAACCAGGCCACGGCCGCCAAGGCAGAGACUCUCAAAGACGAGAUGGACGAGGCCCUGAACAAAGUGGAGAUGUGCAAGGACCAGCUGUCUGCUGACAUGUAUAACUUCUCCUCCAAGGAGGGAAACUACGCCCGCUACUAUGUCAUUUUGGUAGAGGCCCAGGCCGACUACCACAGGAGGUCUCUGGCUGCUCUGGAAGGAGUCCUGCCGACCAUACAGGCACAGAAAGACUCGUGGGUGGAGAAGCCUGCGUACGGCACGGCUCUGGAAGAGCACCUGAAGAGGAGUAACCGUGAGAUCGCCCUGCCCUUAGAGGCCUGUGUCAUGAUGCUGCUGGAGACUGGCAUGAAGGAGGAGGGUCUGUUCCGAAUCGCUGCUGGGGCCUCCAAACUAAAGAAGCUGAAGGCAGCGCUGGACUGUUCCACCUCCCAGUUAGAGGAGUUUUACUCUGACCCCCAUGCUGUAGCUGGAGCUCUGAAGUCUUACCUCAGAGAGCUGCCUGAACCCCUUAUGACCUUCGCACUGUAUGACGAGUGGACACAAGCCUCCAAUGUGUCUGACACAGACAGGAGGCUUCAAGCUUUGUGGGUGGCGUGUGACGGUUUGCCAAAGAACCACAAGGCCAACUUCAGGUAUCUGGUAAAGUUCCUAGCCAAGCUGGCCCAGGACAGUGAGGUGAAUAAGAUGACUCCCAGUAACAUCGCCAUAGUGCUGGGACCCAACCUGCUCUGGUCCAAGACUGAGGGGACUCUGGCAGAGAUGGCUGCUGCUACCUCUGUCCAUGUGGUGGCCAUCAUAGAACCCAUCAUCCAGCACGCUGACUGGUUCUUCCCAGAUGACGUGGACUUCAACGUGUCGGGCAUGUUCGUGGCCAUGACCCCUGAACCUGACCCGGGACCUUUCGAGAGGCGACACCCCAGCAGCCUGGUGGACGGGGACAGUCCCCGCAAAGACAGCCCCGCUCCUAACAAACUGGGUGACCAUACCCCCAACCCCACCCCCAUCCCACGUAGAGCUGCCACUCUAAAUAGAAAACAGCACCAUCAUGCCUCUUCGCCCGCCUUCCAGCCCCCUCUACCACCGCCGGAGGCUGGAGGGGUCCCCCAGACCCAGCCUGUGGCUGAGCCCCAGACCCAGGAGCAAACUCUGGGUGGGAGUACAGAGGCUGGCCAACCUGGCCUGGCUGGGGGUCAAGGUCAGGGUGGGGUACCAGAGGCCCAGGUGGCCCCAGGGCAACAGCCUCUGCUUCUUACCCAGCACAGCGCUGAGGAGAGCAGCCCUGGCCCCACCCCCCCUCCUCUGAGGAACGGGGGCUCCCAGCUCACCAUGGGGACGCCCCACUCCCAGGCAGGAUGCAGGGGUCCCAGCCCCCACAUUGUGCGCAGAGGUACUAAGAAGCAGGCCCCUGCCCCACCCAAACGGGCCAACCCCUUUGUAGCUAAUGCCUCCACCCCUGGCCACACCCCUGGCCACAGUCCUGCAUCUAACAACCCCUACCCCCUCAUCACCCCACGACACCACUCUGUUAAAGAAACCCCCAUCCACGCCCCCAGCCACCCACCCCCACAGCCCCCCAAGCCCCCCCAGUCUCAGGGGGAGUCAGACCCCUCUCCGCCCCACACUCCCACACCCCCUAGCACCCCUCCUCACGAUGGUCCAACCUCCACCCCCUUCACCCCCCUCUCCUCCUUCCACUCUGGCUCCCUCCCUCGCCCCACCAGGCCGGCCCCGAAGCCACGCCCCCGACCUAACGUUCCCCCGCCCCCUCAGCCGCCCGCCAAUGACGACAGCAACGGGACCUGCGGCUCCGCCUCCAAAGUCAUCACCGAUCCCAGCCUGAACUUGAAGGGGAUUGGCCGAGCCCUUAUCCCUGAAAUUACGGUGGACAUACAAGGGGAGAGCUCUGCUGGUCACGAGCCCGCCCCCUCUCCAACCCCACCCUCGGACUCUGAGAUCCAAUUAGAGAGCACCAUUCUGUGAAAGCGGGAGGGAUCACUCCAACUGACAUCACCAAAAGAACAUUCUGCCUCUGCCCAAUUGGUCAAUAUGCUAGCCAUUCAGCCAAUUGCCGUAGUCAGAGUCAGCUCUGAGCCUCAACAGACUGGACCAUCAAUCCAGUGAGCAAUACUGUCUUGAACAAACAACCCCUAGCCAACAUUACUCUCUACAGCAAUACAGGGACUAGACAACCUUCUCAUACUACAUAAUCCAAAUGCAACACUGUUAGCACCCACCACCCUCAAUACUAGACCACACUAACGCCCUUCCAUCCAUAUCCAUAAACCAUCAACCCUGAACAGUGCUGGAACUGGACCACAGGAUCACCCCAUGUUCAUUGAACCUUCAACCUGCUAAAUAUGAUAGGAACUUGGCCUGCAGCUAGAGAUGCCACUGUAGCUUUCUAUUGAAUCACCCAAGCCUGUACUGGGACUGGACAAUAUAUAUACAGUACCAGUCAAAAGUUUGGACACACCUACUCAUUCCAGGGUUUUUCUUG